AUGUCUCCCAAACGUGUCAAGAAGAAUGGGUCGACUGACCAACGCCAGAACCUGAAUCCACCGUCGCCUCCCUCGUCCGCGAAGAAUGACCCUGGCACUGACGACCACCCGGCCCCAGUCCCGGAAGCCAGCGCAGAGGCUCCACCCGGUCCCAUCACUAGUCCCCAGAUAACCAAGUCCACCGUAUCUUGGGACGAGGACGACGAGGUACCCGCGGAUGUAAUGGGGAUCAGCGAACCAUCCAUGGGACGCGACCAACGCGAUUCAGAUGACUUUGUCGGCACAGGAGGGGGGUACAACGCGCUGAAGUCAUACAAGGGACAGGUUUACUCGGGGAUGGCGGUCGGAGGCUCUCACACUUGGACCUACGAGCCGGGAACGUGGAAGGAAACGAAGGAGGAGCCGGAUCUGUGGAAAAUCGAUUUUCGAACGAACAAGCGACGCCUGAAGAAUGCGCCCCAGGGGAGUGGCGCCCCCGUUGGUACCGAGUAUCACUGGUUUAUCGUUGGACAUCAGGUAUGGUCUACCGUGGUUUCUUGGUUUGGUUUGAACUGGUUGUGCGAUACGGCGGAGGCGAGGUAA